GCCAAUAGCUUCGCUCGGUUUCGAAUCGAGUUUUCUCUUCAAGUGCGUACUUCACAUUUUUAUAUUGCAUCGAUGGCGGUUCCUAGCACAUGAGGACUCAUAACCUACAAAUUUCGUUGAUUUGAGAAUUGGAAACGAGUUGAUUGGUGCCGGUUUAAGCUCACUAAGUUGAGAACCGAUGAUCGGUUGGAUAAAUAAGUACAGAAAUUGUUUGGAGCAUUCGAUUUGUCCCCGAUUUAAAUUUAUUCGAUAAUGACUUCAGUCAACGAUUCAAAACCGACCAAAGGACCUGAGCCCAGCAAGUCAACGGAAAAGAAUUCCCCAAACAACGACGAGAAUUGGGGCUACGAUUUGUACCCUGAAAGAAAAGGGGCGAAAUAUAAACCUACAUGGACUCGUCGAAUAUUUGGAAUGGAAGGGAAGGAAGAGCUCGAUAAAAUAAAAUGCGAGCGAAAUGUUUACUCCUGUGUCGUUAAGCAUCCCUUGAUCAAACUACUGAUGAAAAGCCUCAGCAGCAGUGGAUGCCCCUUCGAUAUCAGAAGACACAUUUCUUGCGAGGUGUGUGAUGUCUCUGUAACCGGAGGAUACGAUCCAUUAACAAACCAGAUAGUUGUAUGCCAAAACACAGCACGAUCGGAAAAUAAAGUCGGUGGAGUUAUGGCCCAUGAGAUGAUACACAUGUUCGACUGGUGCGUGAAUGACUUAGACUUCAAAAACCUGGAUCACCUUGCCUGCACGGAAAUAAGAGCGGCAAACCUCGUGCACUGCAGUUUUAUGAGUGCUUGGAUGGAAGGCACCGCUUCACCAAUCAACAUACGCCAAACCCACAGAGAAUGUGUCAAGAUGAAGGCGUUUAUGUCGGUAAUAGCGGCAAGAAAUGUAACGAAGGAAGAAGCCACAGCGGCCGUAGAUCGUGUGUUUCCUAAAUGCUACGACGACCUGGAACCAGUCGGUAGACGGUUAAGACGAAACUCUGGCGACAUGCAAAGAGCUUAUGCGGAAGGGCCGAUGUACGGAUACGGAACAUGAUACCGGUGAUACGUUAGGUGUUUAAAUAGAGCUUAGACUAGCUAUAAAAAUUGUAAAUGAAAUUGAUGAAAAAUAGUUCCCCCAGGACGCCAAAGUUCAA